AAAACUAUCUCUAUGUCCUAAAAGGAAAUCUAGAACUUUUCUCUCUAUGUCGGCGAAGUCCAGUGACUAAUGAGAUUCUUCGCCUCCAUUCGUGUGGACUACUGGAUUUUUUGGGAAACCGUCUAUAUUUUCAGGGAUGUUGGCUCUCUCCAACAUCUACCUUCCUUUGUUUACCCCUCUUCCUCUCUUUCUUCAACAAACAUUGUUAUCUUUGAUGAAGCUUUGUUUAUCUUUAUCUCGGUGAUAUUUCUGAUACUUCUCAUUUUUUCUUUGUUUUGGAUGUUUCCUCUCCGUCACACUCUCUCUCUCAUGACCUUGCUUAAGCUUAACUAGUAGAGUUUUAGUGCUUCAUUGCCUGGAAAUUUUCCUUUUCCUUUGAUCUUGCAAAGAAAUUUCAGAUCCGCUAGGCAUCAGUCAAAAUGUUGGCACUUCUUUGCUAGUACUAGCUUAACAAGCACGUUGAUCUUUGUUGAUCCACCUGGUAAUGAAGUGAUAAACAUCUUGUCGAAGAUUUCAUGAAAUCCAGGUGUAGACUGUGUUGAAAAUGGGUAGAAAAAAUGUUAUUCCUAAAUAGAAAGACGAUAUCGCUGGUAGUAGUAGAAAAAGAAGAUUUGCGGCAGUUGAAAAAGUGUCAAAAGGAAAGAAAAUUGAAGAGUCGAUGUCCGAAUUAGAUUCGCAGUUAAAGGAGAAAAGCGACUACGUCAAUUCUAGUGAAGAUGUUGCCAAGCGAAGUAUCAGUGGUGACAGUGAAGAGUGCGAAGGAAGUGGGAGUAUUAGAGAUGAUGGGGAUGAUAAUUCAUUGUCCGUGCCAUAUCUUUUAAGGUGCAUUUUCGUGGAGCGGUAUGACCUUCGAACGAUAAUUGACGAGGUCGGAUCUUUCCCAGCAAAGAUAUCGGUCAGAUCAAGAAUGGCUUCUUAUCGAGAAUUUAAGCAAAUUUUUGUCGAUCAAGAAUUGAAGAAAAGAUUCAAGCGGUCUUGUUUUGUACACUUGAGAAACCUACUAAAACAUCUCAAGUUCAAUAGGCAGUUGGUCAUUAUUUGCUGUUGUGAUGCGUUAAGAACGAUAAGAUGCGUCAUGAGAUGUGGUUCUGCGUUAACAACAAGCCUUUCUGUUUUGGCUUAAAAGAGUUUUGUUUGAUCACGGGGCUGAACUGUUCAUCAUACCCCAGUGAAUCAAAAAUAAAGAAGGUGUUAGCAAAGAGGGAUAAUUUUUGUUUUAAGGUGACAAAAGACAAAAACAUUACGGCAGCCAACUUGUUACACUUGAUCAGAGAGAAUAAGCUGAACGAGGACCAGAAGUUCAAGUAUUGUCUACUGUAGUUCUUGCAUACCAUGUUUCUUUCGAAAGAUUCGACGAAGGUUAUCGACACAAAACUUAUUCGAAUGGUCGACUCUUUGAGUUUCUUCGAGAAGUAUCCGUGGGGGAAAGAGACAUUUCAACUGACCAUGGACUAUCUGAAGAAGAAAAGUGACCUGAAGAAGCAAAAGGAAGUAUUUGAUGAGAAGCAGAAGGCAUCCUAUGCUCUAUUCGGAUUUCCCUGGGCAUUCAUGAUUUGGAUCUAUGAGGCCUUUCCUCAUCUUGGAGAAUUUGCUGGAAAAUUAAUGGACGAGCCCUUACCCAUCCCCCGCAUCCUCGGAUGGCACACUUCAAAAAGUGACAAGAUAAUCGAAGGAGACCCAUUCAAGUAUAAAGGAAAAGUUACCGAGAACGUGCACCCGUACAUUAUCCUUACUGUUCGUGAGAAGAAGAUGGCUUACAUGAUUACAUUUGAGCCAUAUACAGACGAGGUGAAGAAUAACGUCCUCAAUGGCUUGAAGAAAGAGUUAGAAAGAGUGACCGUCCUCACUUCAAAUGAGGACAGUGAUGAUGACGGGGAUUUGGGUGGUAACCCCGUUGGAGUACGCGUUGGUGAUGAUGAUUCUCCGAGCACCUCCAAAGAUGCAGCGGGAAACUCAUCCCCCAGAGAUCUUUAUAAGCGUGUGGCUGUGCUCGAGGAAGCGGUGUUGGAUAUUGCUGCCUAUAUCAAAGAGCAAAGAAUAAAGAAAAAGGAAAAUGAUGAGUGACAACAUGAGCGAGUGCAUGUGCAUGAAUCGAAGAGGAAUGAAGAAGGAGAAAAAAAGAGCAAAAUGGAUGAGUUAGCCGCUAUUAUGGCAGAAGAGGGAAAAGAAGAAGAAAAGAAGGACGGUGAAGAAGAUAAGAGCUAAGAAGAAGGUGGAAAAGUAGCAGCAACAACAGAAGGAGAAGAAGCGGCAGCAGAUGAAUAAGGAGGUGUAGAAAAAGGAAAAACUAUUGAAGAAGAAUCUGGCAAAGCUGACAAAGAAGAAGUUGAGCAAGAAGCAAUAGGUGAACGAAAAGAAGAAGCUAAGGAAGAAAUAACUGCUGAAGUUGAGGACGAAACAACUGCUGCAGGUGAAGUAAGAAAAGAAGGUGUGGAAGAAAAGAAAAUUGAAGAAGCAGCAGCUGAUGCACAUGCUGAAAAAGAAGGAGAAGAAGGUGACAUUGAAGAAGCAACUGCAAUUGUUGAGAAAAAAGAAGUUGAAGCUAUCCAAACAGAUGUGGUCAUGGACAUUGUUGAUGAAAUCAACAGUAACACUUGUGUUGAUGAGGAACUUAGGGAAA